AACUCGAACCCAACUCAAACCCAAAAUGUCAGUGUCGUCGGAGGAGCAGAGAAGCCCGAUUCAGAACUCACUUUCCGAUUCGAUUCUCGCCAGAGCUCACACCCCAAUUAACUGUGAGUAAACUUCAAACUCUAACCUCUUUCUUUCCACCAUUUAUUCAAUAACUCUGAGCUAUAGCUAGACUUGACCAUUAGUUCAAAUGGCCAGAGCCUCAUCUUCAAUCUUAACAUUCCUCCGCCAAAACCCACAUGCUCGCCAAAAACCCGACACCCAAAUCCGACACCUUUCCGUAGAAACCAAAGAUUGUUCUGAUCUCACACAAGUUGCCCAACAGAUUUGUCAUGUUAUUAGAACCAAACCCAGAUGGGAGAACACUCUGUCCUCCGAGUACCCAUCUUCGAAUUUCUCUGAUCCUCUGUUUAUCCGUGAGGUUGUGAAGCAGCAGAGCAAUGUCUUCCUAUCGGUUCGGUUCUUCUUGUGGUUGGGAACUCGAGAAGGUUUUUCGCCUGACCCCAUUUCGUGUAAUGCGGUUUUCGGUGCUCUUGUGGAGGGCAAUGCCUGCAGUGCAGCCAAGUCUUUUAUUAAGCAUACGGGUUUUAGCCCCGAGCCGGUUUUGUUGGAGAGUUAUGCUCGGUGUCUUUGGGAGGCUGGGAGGGUUAAGGAAGCUAGUAGUGUGUUUAAGAGGUUAAAAGAGGCUGGAGUGUGCCCGGGGAUUGGUACUUGGAAUGCGGCUUUGUCGGGGUGCAUUAAGGCUAGGAGGACGGAUAUGGUUUGGAAGUUGUACCAAGAAAUGAUGGAGUAUGGUGUUGCAGCUGAUGUUGAGACUGUUGAGUGUCUGGUUCGAGGAUAUUGUGAUGAUAACGAGGUAUUGAAAGGUUAUGGACUUCUUAGUCAGGUUCUUGGAGAUGGAGUAGUCCCUGGAAAAGCUGUUUUCGAUAGGUUGAUAUCUGAGUUGUGUAAAGAGAAGGAAUAUGAUAAAGUGUCUGAACUCCUCCAUGCAAUGAUAGAGGUGAAAUGUGCCCCCGAUAAUUAUACAUAUCUGGGGGUAAUCAAUUGGUUGUGCAAGAAUGAAAAGCUGGCUGAGGGUUUUCGGAUUUUUAAUGACCUUAAGGAUAGAGGCUAUGCUCCUGAUUUUGUCAUGUACACAACCAUGAUUCAUGGUCUUUGUACCAUGGGUUCAAUAGGAGAAGCUAGGAAGCUAUGGUUUGAGAUGAUAGAUAAGGGAUUUUGUCCAAACGAGUACACGUACAAUACCAUGAUUCAUGGGUUUAAUCAGAGUGGAGAGUUAGAACAGGCCUGGAUCUUGUGCAAGGAGAUGGGUGGUAAGGGAUUUCGUCCACCAAAGUAGAUUUACGAUACCAUGAUUUAUGGGCUUGUUGUGAGUGGAAAUUUGGAACAGGCCUGGAUGUUGUGCAAGAGGAUGGGUGAUAAGGGAUUUCAUCUGAGUGAGUACAUUUACAAUACCAUGAUUCAAGCGUUUUGUAAGAGUGGAAAUAUGGACCAGGCCAGGAUCAUUUGCAAGGAGAUGUGGGAUAAGGGAUUUCAUCCAAGCAAGUACACUUAUGAUUCCGUGAUUCAUGGGUUUUGUAAGAGUGGAAAUU